AUGGAAAUCACGCGGCCCGCAGCAGUAAACGAUAAAUUACCAACGUUCACAUCUCGCCCUAACAUCUCACCGCCUGUUUCCCCUCGCCAACAGCGCGAGUGUCUUUCAAUCCACAUCGGCCAGGCUGGCGUCCAGGUUGGCAACGCUUGCUGGGAGUUGUAUUGCCUGGAGCACGGGAUCCAACCGGAUGGACAGAUGCCCAGCGACUCGACCAUCGGAGGCGGCGACGAUUCGUUCAACACCUUCUUCAGCGAGACGGGUGCGGGCAAGCACGUACCAAGGGCCGUGUUCAUCGACCUGGAGCCCACGGUAAUCGGUAAGUUGGGAGGUGCAGAGAAUGUUGGCCGUUCUCUUAAAAUUGAGCUUUUGUCCCAUCUCCACCCUCAGGCCGAUCUCUGCACCGGACUGCAGGGGUUCCUCAUCUUCCACAGUUUCGGGGGCGGCACCGGCUCGGGCUUCACCUCCCUCCUCAUGGAGAGACUCUCCGUCGACUACGGCAAGAAAUCCAAGCUGGAGUUUUCCGUCUACCCGGCGCCGCAGAUCUCCACCGCAGUGGUCGAGCCCUACAACGCGGUGCUGGUCACCCACUGCACCCUGGAGCACUCCGACUGCGCCUUCAUGAUGGACAACGAGGCCAUUUACGACGUGUGUCGGCGGAACCUGGACAUCGAGCGCCCCACCUACACCAACCUCAAUCGCCUGAUGGCACAGUUAGUGUCGUCUAUCACCGCCUCGCUGCGCUUCGACGGCGCUCUCAACGUGGACCUGACUGAGUUUCAAACCACCCUGGUUCCCUACCCGCGCAUCCACUUCCCGCUCAUCACCUACGCUCCCAUUAUUUCUGCAGAGAAGGCUUACCACGAGGAACUGUCCGUCUCCCAAUUGACCAACUCCUGCUUCGAGCCGGCCAACCAGUUGGUGAAGUGCGACCCUCGCCAGGGGAAGUGCAUGGCGUGCUGUAUGCUGUACCGCGGGGACGUGGUGCCCAAGGACGUCAACGCCUCCAUCGCCACCAUCAAGACAAAGCGCUCCAUCCAGUUCGUGGACUGGUGCCCGACCGGGUUCAAGGUGGGCAUCAACUACCAGCCCCCGACGGUGGUGCCGGGGGGCGACCUGGCCAAGGUGCAACGUGCCCUCUGCAUGCUGAGCAACACCACCGCCAUCUCCAUGGCCUGGACCCGCCUCAACCUCAAGUUCGACAAGAUGUACGCCAAGCGGGCCUUUGUCCACUGGUACGUGGGAGAGGGGCCGGAGGAAGGAGAGUUCCAGGGCGCGCGGGAGGAUAUGGCGUCGCUGGAGAAGGACUACCACGAGGUGGCCGUGGAUUCCGCCGACCUCGAGAGAAGGGGGGAAGAGGAAGAAUAA